CUUUCCGAGCCUCCUGGGGUGAUUGAUCCUUCUCUAAUGGAGCAGGAGACACCAGCUCAGCCCCCAGAGAAUCCUGAAGAGGCAGAACAUUCCCCAGCCCAACACCAGGCCCCAGCUCAGCCUACGGAGCAUCCUGAGGUGCUAAAACCUGCAACCCAGCAGGAACCCCCAGCUCAGCUUCCAGACCUUUUUGGAGAAGCCGAACCUUCUCCAACCCAGGAGGAAGCCUCAACUCAGCCUGCAGAGCCCCCUAAUGAGGUAGAAUCUUCAACCCAGCAGGAGGGUCCAGGUGAAGCCCAGCAUCCAGUGCUGUCCAACAUCACAGUUAACCCUGUGGAUCUGGAGGUUUUCAUAACUCCCCAGCCAACUAAGGAGCUUGAACAUUCUUCAGUGCAGCAGGAUGUCCCUGAGCAGGUCCAGGCUCAGCAUCCAAAAUUGACUGAAGUUAAAGUUCAACCUUUGGACCUAGGACUAAGCAUAAGUGCAGAACCCAUUACAGAGGUUGAAACUUCAACCACGGAAGAAACCCGAGAUCAGCCUUCAGAGCCGCCGAAGGAGGUUGAAGUUCAGCUUCGACUGUAUCAGGAAGUGACCUUUCCACCUCCGGGUCAGGAUCAAGCUCAUCAUCCAUGGUCACCUAAUGUAACAGUUCAGCCUUUGGACCUGGAGCUUACUGUAACUCCAGAACCCACUAUGGAGGUUAAAACUCUUAUGGCCUUAAAGAAAACUACAGCUCCUCCAAAGGACCUUGAGGUGACAUUUGCACAUCUAGAACAGGUUCAGGUUCAACAUCCAAGCUUAACUAAAGUCACUGUUAAACCUUUGGACCUGAUGCUUACCAUCACUCCAGAAUCCACUCCAGAGGCUGAACAUUCUACAGUCAUGAAUAGGACUACAGCUCCUCCUCCAAAGGAUGUUGAGGUGACACGUGCACAUCCAGAACAGACUCAGAGUCAGCGUCCAAACCUGACUGAAAUCACAGUUCCACCUAUGGACCUGGAAAUUACUGUAACUGCAGGAUCCAAGGUGGAGCUUGAACCUUCUCCAACCACGCAAGAGACCCCAACUCAGCCUCCAGUGCCACGUAAGGCGGUUGGAGUUGAAUAUCCAUUCCAGCAGGAAGUGAUAGUUCCAGCUCCAAGUAAGGAUCAGCGUCAGCAUCCAGCAUCACCCACCAUCCCAUUUGGUCCUGUGGACUUGGGGCUUACCCAAACUGCAGAACCUACAGAGGCUGAACAUUCUACAACCGUGAAGACUACGACUCCUUCCCCAAAGGACCUUGAGGUGACAGUUGCACCUCCAGAACAGGUUCAGAGUCGACAUGCAAACCUGUCUGAAGACAUGGCUCCACUUAUGGACCUGGAAAUUACUGUAAGUCAGCAACCAGAGUCACUUGGGACAGCAUUUCCUCCAACUCAGCAUUCAGUGUUGCGUUUUGUAAACUAUACCUCCCCAAAGGCAUACACAACUUUAACUGAGCCACCCGAACAGAAUGCCACCACAUACCUCAAACUGUGUGACCGCUGUACCUGCAAAGAUGAGAUGCUGUUGUGUAUCGGUCUCAGCCUGCAGCAGAGGCUCCGCAGCGUGCCCGUGCCAGAGCCGGACAGCUACAACCGCACCUUCACCAUCCUAAUUCUCAGUGAAAAUUAUUUGACUGAAUUAUAUAAAGACACAUUUGAAGGCCUGCUGUCUCUCCAGUAUUUGGAUUUAUCCUGCAAUAAAAUACAAUCUAUUGAAAGACGUACAUUUGAACCACUGCCUUUUUUGCAGUUGAUAAAUCUUGGUUGCAAUUUGCUGACAGAACUGAGCUUUGGAACAUUUCAGGCCUGGCAUGGAAUGCAGUUUUUACACAAGAUUCCCCGGCUUUUGGCUGGGCAAUCAAAGCCCCAAGCAAAUAACGCCCAAGUCCGCUUUAUCGCGGGAAUUCCUGACAAUGAUGCGUCCAGGAUUUUACCUACCCAUAUGGCCUGCUGUCUCUGCCAAUUUAAAACUACUAUUGAGGUUGUCUGCAAGACAGUCAAGCUGCACUGUGACAGUGAAUGUCUGACAAAUGCCGCACUUUGUGAUGAGGGAGAAUCUAUAAGGAAUGCAGGGUCAUUCAUGAACGUAUUGACAGCUCGGAAGAAGAGCACCAGCACUGAGAUGACUAUUGAGGCAGAGAAGGUGUCCUCAGAAAAAAAUGGUUCCAACCUCUCGUCCCCAGGUGAUCUGUUGGAAAUUCAGUUAAACCAGCAGCUACGGGCCCUCAUCCCCAACAAUGACGUGAGAAGGCUCAUUUCUCAUGUUGUCCGGACCUUGAAAAUGGACUGCUCUGAGACCCACGUGCGGCUGGCCUGUGCCAAGCUCAUCUCCAGAACAGGGCUCCUGAUGACGCUUCUCAGCGAGCAGCAAGAGCUAAUGCUGUCCAAGGCAGAGUGGGAUACGGACCAAUGGAAAAAUGAGAACUAUAUCAAUGAGAGCAAAAUUAGCUGCCCAGCCAAACCUGAGUUAGAACGGGACUGGCACAGAGAAUCUGCAGUCACUAGACCUUUAAAAAAAGAGUGUGGCUGGGGGUGGGGGCAGAAAUGUUGUUUGUACCUGUUCCUGCUGGCCGUGGGCCUCAGGCCUGGCCAGACACCUUCUCAGAGGCUCUGGAGAAGGGACAGGGAGGGCCAACAGUCUUGGCGGGAAGGGGCUAGUCUUCAAGGCUGA